AACGCUUAAGUAAACAUUUCAUUUGAACUUCUGACCUUGGAUGGAUGUUUGAAUUUAAGUGACGCACUUCUCCUAAUUCCGACUUGGAUCACGGCAAUUGUCUGAAAAACAGGACCCGUACACGCCUUCCAUACAACCUGAGACAAUCAUGGUUGGUCUUCCAGGACAUGCAGCACCGGGCAGCUUCUUCUUGCUGUUCGGCAUUUGGUGGACCGUCAAGUACUCGGUCAUGUGGGCCGGCCGGAUGGGAGGCAGGCAGACAUGUACAGGCCCCGCGAUGUGCAAGAACGUGACGAACGCUCCACUAGUGUGUCGCCUUCUGAGUAGGGUCCCGGUGAUAGGGCUGUGCAAGAUCGGGUUUUCCUUAGGAGGGCUGAUAGGUCAGCAGGUCACCGCCAACUGGACGCUGAUCAAUCCAACCAACGGCCAGUUCCAGAACCUGAACGACUGGCAGCACACCACCAUGUUUCUUUUCUUCAUCUUCAGCGGCUUUUGCGAUUUUCUGGUCGCCUUCAAAGCACCUGUACCGAGCGGGAUAGAUUACCUCUCCUUCUCCAUGGCGUUUGCGGUGGAAGGACUGUUGUUCUUCUAUCACCUCCAUGGCCGUGCUGAACUGGACGUUCAUCUCCACAAGUUGCUGCUGCUGGCCAUUGCCGCGUGUGCGAUCGUGAGCGGCUUGGAGGCGUGGAACUCUGACACUUUACUGCUGCCCAUGAUCAGGACGGCAUUCGUGCUGCUACAGGGGACAUGGUUCUGGCAGGUUGGUCUCAUCCUGUAUCCGCCCUUUCCUGGCAACAAGUGGGACCUGACGAGCCACGCGAACAUGAUGUUCGUCACCAUGGCGUUCUGUUGGCACAUCCUGGGCAUCCUGCUCUUCAUGUGUGUUGUGUACACAGUAGUAUAUCUCAUCCACAAAGCCAAGGUGAAACAGACAGAUACCGACCUUGAUAUGGAGCCUCUGUCUUCACACCUGCUGCAGGCACACUCGGACUCAGAAGUGGAUUAACACUAGUGUUUACAAUCUGUCUAAUUGUUUGGCAUCCUCCUGUUUCGAGAGACAGUGGAGGAGGCUAACAGUCACUUGCCGACGUGAGUUUUACGACCUGUUUGCCCGGCCUGCACAUGACUUUUUAAGGUGAAGGAGGGGCGUGCGUCUACUUCUC